AUCAUUGAACAGCUGAUAUUAUAUACCAAUUUCAAGCAUGCUCUUUAUGGUUAUAUUUUCUUAUUGUUGACUAACAAAAAUAUUGUUGAUGACAAAUUCUUGUCUGAUGCUUUGAUAUACUAUUCGUCCGAAUGAAUAAUGACAUUUAAUUCAUUUUAAUGAAAAUAAGAUAAUGAAUUGAUCAACGAUUCGAAAUAGCAUGACCUGGACCUUCAAAAUAAUUGAUCGACACAACAACCGUUGUUUUUUUCGAUAUUGAAUCAAUUAUAUCAAUUAAAAAACGACUGAAAAAUCAUGUCUGGCUUUACACAGCAAGCUUUUGAAAAGAAAUUAAGUGAAUUAAAUUCAUCACAACAAUCAAUACAGACAGUAUCGUUAUGGCUGAUACACCACCGAAAACAUUAUAAAUCCAUCGUACAAACAUGGUUUCAAGGAUUGAAAAAAGCUAAACCAGCACGGAAAUUAACUUAUAUGUAUCUGGCUAAUGAUGUCAUUCAAAAUAGCCGUAAAAAGGGACCAGAAUUUUCUAAAGAAUUUCUCAACGUCUUGCUAAAAGCAUUCGAACAUAUAUCCAAUGAAAUUGAAGCAUCGACUUUGGCUUCUUUGGAUCGUUUGUUGAAAAUCUGGGAAGAACGAAACAUUUAUGAAAAAAAUCAUAUAACAUCAUUUAAACAAGCAUUACACAAUAAAACAUUAACAUCGAAAUCCAAUUCAGAUAUCACGGUUAUUGUUCCGGAUAAUGGAACGACGAAUAACAAUAAUAACAGCAAUAAUAGUACUAAUAAUAAUAAUAUUAACGCAAAAAGUUCUUUGAAACGAGAUAUCGAGGAAAGUUCGUCACAUGGAAACGGUCAUAUUAGCAGUAGUAAUAAAAAAUUUUCACCUGAUUUUCAACUUGAUGCAGAUGUUAUGAAUAAUAUGAUGACAAAGCUUGGAUCGAAGAUUGCAGCCGAAUAUCCUGUCGAUAUGAAUAAAUAUGAAAAUGUGGAGCCGGAUAAAUUGAUUAAAAUUUUGAAAGAAUUAGAAAAUUGUGCAUCGGCCGAUGAAGAUGUGAGGCAAAAAAUUUCCAACAUGCCUUCAGAACUUUUUGAUGUUAAAUUAUUUGAAAAGGUUAUAACAAAUGGACCUACUGAAAAUUGGGUGAAAUUAGUUAAUGAAGCACAAAAUAUAUUGACAUCAUAUAACACAAGAUUGGCCAAAGAACUGGAAGGACGUAAACAAUUAUCCACUAUGUUGGUAUAUUUUAUCGAAGGCCAACGUCGUGCAUUGACUCAAGCUGAACAAAGUCUCAAACAAUAUCGGGAUAAACUGAGAAAAGUCAUUUCUGUACGUGAAGAGCUACAAUCACAUUUGCAAAAUUUACCCGAUUUGAGUCGAUUACCUUCAGUUUCACCAUUACCAUCGGCAGUCGAUUUAUUCAAAAAAGAAAAACCCGAUUAAUUUCAUGUAUUAUAUAUUAUAUAUAUCCACUUUCAUCGUUUCCCCUUGAUAUUGAAAAUUAUAUUUGAGUAUGGAAAUUAUUUUAAAGUAAAAAAAGUUUGUCAAAAUGAA